GUAAGUUUAAUAAGUGUAAUAACAAUAAUGUCAUUCUGUUUUUUUUUCAGUUGAGAAUCCGAGAGUUUUUAGUGAUUUGGCUCAUUGUGACACUGGCUGAUUGAUCAAAGGAUGAACUCCGUGCUUCUUCAUUUUGUAAGCUAAUUAUAUAUUCAGAGUCAAUAUUAUCAAAGCAAUUUUGAAAUCAUGGAAAGGUGCUUGAUAUACUCCUUGAUGGUUGUAUUAAUCACCGUCCAAUGUUCAUUUGGAUAUGACAGAGAUCCUGUCAAGAUAUCUUCCUUUCCUAUGAAAGGAUCACUUCAGGGAUGCAAUGAGAACUUGCAGACGAAGACUGUCGCUUGCAUUGGUAAAGGCCUUAAAAGGGUUCCCCGAAAUCUUCCAGAAGAUAUCUAUGUGCUUAACCUGGCUUACAACAAUAUCACCAUGCUCUUAAAUGCAUCGUUCGAAGAAUACCCUCUAAUCAAAGACUUGUACAUCUAUUUUAACGAUCUACGAUCGAUAGAACCCGCUGCCUUUCACCCUAUCAGGGAUCUAAGAUAUCUGGAUCUCUCCUAUAACACGCGUCUGGUUGUGCUUCCAGUGAAAGGAGUCUUUAUGAAGUCUCCAAAGCUUUUCAGUCUAAACUUGUCGCGGUUAAACCUGAGAUCUAUCCCAAAUGACACACUGAAGUGGAGCCCACGUCUACGUCUUGUGAAUCUGUCAAGUAACAAACUUUCCUUCAUCAAUUUAAGUUCCUGUGGCACGGUCAAAGAAGUAAAUUUGAGUCGUAAUCUUAUACAACGGCUUACAAUGGAAUAUUUCAUAUUCCCGUGCCGCACCGAUCACCUAGAUCUAACAAACAACCCAAUACAAUUUGUAGACUCCGACGACAUCGCAUCACUCCAAGUUCGUUCAUUAAAGCUAGGUCAAUACAAUUUGCGUAAUGAAACAUUACUUAACAUCAUACUAGGAAUCUCAAAAUCAAACAUCCAAGAGCUAUCAAUUUCGAAUGGCUUUGUAGGUGAGUUUCCAGAGGGUUUAUUCGAACCACUGCGCAACUCUUCCCUCUCUGUACUGAAAUUCAACGGGAAUAGCAUAAUCAGCCACGAUCUUUCAGUCUUUUCUAAUUUGACAAAAAUUGAACAAUUUGAUUUCAGUUAUAACAUUCCCUUCAUAGAUGAAAUCCAACCGGUGUUUUUCGACGGUAUGAGGGCACUAAAAGUGUUGACAAUCGACGGAAACGAAGUAACGAAAUUAAAUCCUUUCAACCAAAACUGGACAGUGAACUUAACACACCUGAGCUUACAAGAUAAUAAAUUAAGAGCAAUAUUCGCACCUGCAUUUAGUGGCUUAGAAAGUUUAAUCUCACUGGACAUGGCAUGGAACAAAUACCUUUUUGUAUUUAUGGCAACAUCGGGACUUGACAACAUUCAGUAUCUCGAUUUGAGGGGAAGUAGUAUAACUUUUCUAGAAUUUAACACCCCAACUCUAAGAUUCCUGUUUCUUAAUAGUGUUUUAGACCAUCCCCAUCUGGCACCAGGAGACUCCUUUAAACAUUUACAGUCACUUGUUGAGUUAAACAUGAGAGAUUCUCGCAUUUACGAUUCUAACUUGUGGGGUGGUGUAGAUGAGUCUCUUUUCGAUGGAUUAUUAAAUCUGACUUAUUUGGACCUGAGUAGAAAUGAUUUUAGGUAUGAUUUAACACCUGGGAUAUUUCGAGAACUCUUUGGAUUAAUAGAGCUCAAUCUAGAGGAGUGCUCUAUGACUGGCAUACACCCUCUACUAUUCGUGGGCUUGGAAUCGCUUCAGAAAGUGAACUUGAAAGGGAAUAACAUCAAGCAUCUCCGUGGUGAUCUCCUUUCUGUAUUGGGUCAAAUAACAGAUAUUAACUUAGAAGGGAACCUGAUAAACUUCUUGGAUGACGUUAUGUUCAUCAACAACAAGAAGCUUACAAAUCUCUCUUUGGCCAACAACAAAUUAACGCGCCUUAAUCAAAGCACUUUUAAGCCGAUCUUUUCCUCUAUUUCAACAAUUGAUAUAUCAAUGAAUCCAAUCGUUUGUAACUGCGAUCUUAAGUGGCUGAUUGACUGGUUAAAGGGGUCCAUCGAACUUAAUCAUAUAAAUAAUACAGUUUGUUCGCCAGCAUCUCUUAAGCCCGUUCGUUUAAAAACCCUGUUCCAUUUUCAUCCAGAUGAACUAUGCAGUAUCAGGACUGGCCUUGUUUCCGUGAUUCCACUUGCUGUUGUUGGUGUGCUUGUUUUGGUUGUGGUUGUUUUUCAUAACCGAUGGCAUUUAAAAUACAAGAUCUUUCUCCUGAAACUAGCUAUCUUCGGAUACAAAGAGAUGCAAGAUGCCCGUGACCAUAACGAUUACGAGUUUGACAUGAACAUCAUGUUCUAUGAUGAUGACGAAGGGUGGAUUCGUGAUCAUCUACGACCUGCUCUCGAAGAACACCUUCCACAGUUCCAGAGGAACGUCUUUGGUGACGAAGGCCUUGUCCUUGGUAUGCAUUACUUAGAUGCUGUGGAUCAUGCGGUGACCCAUAGUUACAAGACCAUCAUCGUACUCAGUAGAGCAGCUGUGAGAGACCACUGGUUCAUUCUUAAGUUUCGUACGGCCAUGGAUCACGUGAGUGAUACUCUGACUGAAUUCGUACUGGUGAUAUUCCUUGAAGACAUCCAAGAUGAUGAAAUGCCUUUCUUGGUGAGGUUGUAUCUAAGUGAUGGCAGACCGUAUAUCAACUGGACAGAUGAUGUAAGAGGACAUGAAUAUUUCUGGAAUGAACUGUCCAAAAGGCUGACCAUUAAUCUUAGGACAAAUGAUAAUAUCCCCAACGAGUAGCACAGUUGGUAAUUAUUAUAGCGCAGAUAGUACGUGCAUACUAAAGUUUGCUCGAUACUUGGCAUCACUAUUGAUCAGAGUUAUUACCCCUGGCAGUAGCUGAGCCAAUUUCAUUGUAAUCACAUAAUUUAUCGUGGAUUUUUAUUUCUAAAAUUGCUUAAUCGUUAGUCAGUUAACAUCAGAUUUGAAUAUAAAGUAAUAUAAACUAUAGUAAAUUCAAAAGUAUUAUUGUCCUAACGAUUGUGGCGUACGGUACAAAUUGCACAACAAAAGGAACAGAGAGAGAGAGUUGUUCAAAUUAUUUUCUUUGGUAUCAUACAAUUACAGUUCAUAGCAGCAAUUAUUCAUUUCUAUAUACGUCAGGUCUUAUGACUAGAGCAUAUGUGGUCAGUAAUGGUUAUCAUUCUCAAAAAGUUAUCCGUUUUGAUAGUUUAAAAUUAUUAUUUUUUCCAAAACGAACAAAAACUCAUAGGAGAUCUGUGUCGCAUGUAUAGCUCCCUAACGAUAUGAAUAAUUGUUUUCCAUAGCAAUUGAGAUUGAUCUUAAUAUAAAUUCGAAAUUGUCGAUAUGAUUCGUGUUUGGUGCUUUAUGAUUGCACUUGGAGUGAAAUAUUCACUCAAUGCGCACUGAUAUGGUCUCAAGAAAAUGUCUAGUGAGAGAUAAAAUUCCGCUUUAAAAUUCACUUUAAAAAUUCACACCUCAAAGAGUGGACAUUCUCACUCUGUUCUGUUAUU